AUGAAUGUCAACAUUGUUCAGUUCGCCUACAGCUCUUCGUUAAAAUUCGUACUCUUUCGUAUAACUCCAGUAAUAGUUAAUGGACAGACUGACUAUCUAUCUAUCUAUCUAUCUAUCUAUCUAUCAUCUAUCUAUCUAUCUAUCUAUCUAUCUAUCUCAGGCUGUUCAUAUCUAAGUGUGUUCAUAUCUAUCUACCGCAUUCUGUUCGUAUCUGUCUAUCUAUUGAUCUAUCCCAGGCUGUUCAUAUCUAUCUAUCUAUCUAUCUAUCUAUCUAUCUAUCUAUCUAUCUAUCUAUUUCUGCUCUCUAGUGUUUAUUGGUUCUUCCUUUUGGGGCUGAUAUCAUUUAGUCUUUCUUUUGUUUAUUGGUUCUUCCUUUUGGGGCUGAUAUCAUUUAGUCUUUCUUUUGUUUAUUGGUUCUUCCUUUUGGGGCUGAUAUCUUUUAGUCUUUCUUUUGUUCAUUGGUUCUUCCUUUUGGGGCUGAUAUCUUUUAGUCUUUCUUUUGUUUAUUUGUUCUUCCAUUUGGGGCUGAUAUCUUUUAGUCUUUCUUUUGUUUAUUGGUUCUUCCUUUUGGGGCUGAUAUCUUUUAGUCUCUCUUUUGUUUAUUGGUUCUUCCUUUUGUGGCUGAUAUCUUUUAGUCUUUCUUUUGUUUAUUGGUUCUUCCUUUUGGGGCUGAUAACAUUUAGUCUUUCUUUUGUUUAUUGGUUCUUCCUUUUGGGGCUGACAUCAUUUAGUCUCUCUUUUGUUUAUUGGUUCUUCCUUUUGGGGCUGAUAUCUUUUAGUCUCUCUUUUGUUUCUUGGUUCUUCCUCUUGGGGAUGAUAUCUUUUAGUCUCUCUUUUGUUUAUUGUCUCUCUUUUGUUUAUUGGUUCUUCCUUUUGGGGCUGAUAUCUUUUAGUCUUUCUUUUGUUCAUUGGUUCUUCCUUUUGGGGCUGAUAUCUUUUAGUCUUUCUUUUGUUUAUUUGUUCUUCCAUUUGGGGCUGAUAUCUUUUAGUCUUUCUUUUGUUUAUUGGUUCUUCCUUUUGGGGCUGAUAUCAUUUAGUCUUUCUUUUGUUUAUUGGUUCUUCCUUUUGGGCUUGAUAUCUUUUAGUCUUUCUUUUGUUUAUUGGUUCUUCCUUUUGGGGCUGAUAUCAUUUAGUCUUUCUUUUGUUUAUUGGUUCUUCCUUUUUGGGCUUAAUAUCUUUAGUCUCUCAUUUGUUUAUUGGUUCUUCCUCUUGGGGCUGAUAUCUUUUAUCUUUCUUUUUUUAUUGGUUCUUCCUUUUGGGCUUGAUAUCUUUUUUAAUCUUUCUUUUGUUUAUUGGUUCUUCCUGUUGGGGCUGAUAUCUAUUAGUCUCUCUUUUGUUUAUAGGUUCUUCCUUUUGGGGCUGAUAUCUUUUAGUCUUUAUUUUGUUUAUUGGUUCUUCCUUUUGGGGCUGAUAUCUUUUCGUCUUUCUUUUGUUUAUUGUCUUUCUUUUGUUUAUUGGUUCUUCCUUUUGGGGCUGAUAUCUUUUAGUCUUUCUUUUGUUCAUUGGUUCUUCCUUUUGGACUUGAUAUCUUUUAAUCUUUCUUUUGUUUAUUGGUUCUUCCUGUUGGGGCUGAUAUCUAUUAGUCUCUCUUUUGUUUAUAGGUUCUUCCUUUUGGGGCUGAUAUCUUUUAGUCUUUAUUUUGUUUAUUGGUUCUUCCUUUUGGGGCUGAUAUCUAUUAGUCUCUCUUUUUCUUUAUUUUGUUUAUUGGUUCUUCCUUUUGGGCUGACAUCAUUUAGUCUCUCUUUUGUUUAUUGGUUCUUCCUUUUGGGGCUGAUAUCUUUUAGUCUCUCUUUUGUUUAUUGGUUCUUCCUUUUGUGGCUGAUAUCUUUUAGUCUUUCUUUUGUUUAUUGGUUCUUCCUUUUGGGGCUGAUAACAUUUAGUCUUUCUUUUGUUUAUUGGUUCUUCCUUUUGGGGCUGACAUCAUUUAGUCUCUCUCUUUUGUUUAUUGGUUCUUCCUUUUUGGGGCUGAUAUCUUUUAGUCUCUCUUUUGUUUCUUGGUUCUUCCUCUUGGGGAUGAUAUCUUUUAUCUCUCUUUUUGUUUAUUGGUUCUUCCUUUUGGGGCUGAUAUCUUUUAGUCUUUCUUUUGUUCAUUGGUUCUUCCUUUUGGGGAUGAUAUCUUUUAGUCUUUUUCUUUUUCUUUCUUUUGUUUAUUGGUUCUUCCUUUUGGGGCUGAUAUCAUUUAGUCUUUCUUUUGUUUAUUGGUUCUUCCUUUUGGGCUUGAUAUCUUUUAGUCUUUCUUUUGUUUAUUGGUUCUUCCUUUUGGGGCUGAUAUCAUUUAGUCUUUCUUUUGUUUAUUGGUUCUUCCUUUUGGGCUUAAUAUCUUUUAGUCUCUCAUUUGUUUAUUGGUUCUUCCUCUUGGGGCUGAUAUCUUUUAGUCUUUCUUUUGUUUAUUGGUUCUUCCUUUUGGGCUUGAUAUCUUUUAGUCUUUCUUUUUUUUAUUGGUUCUUCCUUUUGGGCUUGAUAUCUUUUAAUCUUUCUUUUGUUUAUUGGUUCUUCCUGUUGGGGCUGAUAUCUAUUAGUCUCUCUUUUGUUUAUAGGUUCUUCCUUUUGGGGCUGAUAUCUUUUAGUCUUUAUUUUGUUUAUUGGUUCUUCCUUUUGGGGCUGAUAUCUUUUCGUCUUUCUUUUGUUUAUUGGUUCUUCCUUUUGAGGCUGAUAUCUUUUAUCUUUCUUUUUGUUCAUUGGUUCUUCCUUUUGGACUUGAUAUCUUUUAAUCUUUCUUUUGUUUAUUGGUUCUUCCUGUUGGGGCUGAUAUCUAUUAGUCUCUCUUUUGUUAUUAGGUUCUUCCUUUUGGGGCUGAUAUCUUUUAGUCUUUAUUUUGUUUAUUGGUUCUUCCUUUUGGGGCUGAUAUCUAUUAGUCUCUCUUUUGUUUAUAGGUUCCUCCUUUUGGGGCUGAUAUCUUUUAGUCUUUAUUUUGUUUAUUGGUUCUUCCUUUUGGGGCUGAUAUCUUUUCGUCUUUCUUUUGUUUAUUGGUUCUUCCUUUUGGGGCUGAUAUCUUUUAGUCUUUCUUUUGUUUAUUGGUUCUUCCUUUUGGGGAUGAUAUAUUUUAGUCUUUCAUUUGUUUAUUGGUUCUUCCUUUUGGGGCUGAUAUCUUUUAGUCUUUCUUUUGUUCAUUGGUUCUUCCUUUUGGGCUUGAUAAUUUUUAGUCUUUCUUUUCUUCAUUGGUUCUUCCUUUUGGGGCUGAUAUCAUUUAGUCUUUCUUUUGUUUAUUGGUUCUUCCUUUUGGGGCUGAUAUCAUUUAGUCUUUCUUUUGUUUAUUGGUUCUACCUUUUGGGGCUGACAUUUUUUAGUCUUUCUUUUGUUCAAUGGUUCUUUCUUUUGGGGCUGAUAUCUUUUAGUCUCUCUUUUGUUUAUUGGUUCUUUCUUUUGGGGCUGUUAUUUUUUAGUCUCUCCUUUGUUUCUUGGUUCUUCCUUUUGGGGCUGAUAUCAUUUAGUCUUUCUUUUGUUUAUUGGUUCUUCCUUUUGGGGCUGAUAUCUUUUAGUCUUUCUUUUGUUUAUUGUCUUUCUUUUGUUUAUUGGUUCUUUCUUUUGGGGUUGUUAUUUUUUAGUCUUUCUUUUGUUUAUUGGUUCUUCCUUUUGGGCUUGAUAUCUUUUAGUCUUUCUUUUGUUUAUUGGUUCUUCCUUUUGGGGCUAAUAUCAUUUAGUCUUUCUUUUGUUUAUUGGUUCUUCCUUUUAGGCUUAAUAUCUUUUAGUCUCUCAUUUGUUUAUUGGUUCUUCCUCUUGGGGCUGAUAUCUUUUAGUCUUUCUUUUGUUUAUUGGUUCUUCCUUUUGGGCUUGAUAUCUUUUAGUCUUUCUUUUUUUUAUUGGUUCUUCCUUUUGGGCUUGAUAUCUUUUAAUCUUUCUUAUGUUUAUUGGUUCUUCCUGUUGGGGCUGAUAUCUAUUAGUCUCUCUUUUUCUUUAUUUUGUUUAUUGGUUCUUCCUUUUGGGGCUGAUAUCUUUUCGUCUUUUCUUUUUGUUUAUUGGUUCUUCCUUUUGAGGCUGAUAUCUUUUAGUCUUUAUUUUGUUUAUUGGUUCUUCCUUUUGGGGCUGAUAUCUUUUCGUCUUUCUUUUGUUUAUUGGUUCUUCCUUUUGGGGCUGAUCUCUUUUAGUCUUUCUUUUGUUUAUUGGUUCUUCCUUUUGGGGCUGAUAUCUUUUAGUCUUUCUUUUGUUCAUUGGUUCUUCCUUUUGGGCUUGAUAUCUUUUAAUCUUUCUUUUGUUUAUUGGUUCUUCCUGUUGGGGCUGAUAUCUAUUAGUCUCUCUUUUGUUUAUAGGUUCUUCCUUUUGGGGCUGAUAUCUUUUAGUCUUUAUUUUGUUUAUUGGUUCUUCCUUUUGGGGCUGAUAUCUAUUAGUCUCUCUUUUGUUUAUAGGUUCUUCCUUUUGGGGCUGAUAUCUUUUAGUCUUUAUUUUGUUUUAUUGGUUCUUCCUUUUGGGGCUGAUAUCUUUUCGUCUUUCUUUUUGUUUAUUGUCUCUCUUUUGUUUAUUGGUUCUUUCUUUUGGGGCUGUUAUUUUUUAGUCUUUCUUUUGUUUUUCUUUUCUUCUUUUUUGGGGCUGAUAUCUUUUAGUCUUUCUUUUCUUUUUAUUGGUUCUUCCUUUUGGGUCUCUCUCUUUUAUUUAUUGGUUCUUCCUUUUGGGGCUGAUAUUUUUAGUCUCUCUUUUUUGUUUAUUGGUUCUAACUCUCUCUUUUGUUCAUUGGUUCUUCCUUUUGGGCUGACAUCAUUUAGUCUCUCUUUUGUUUAUUGGUUCUUCCUUUUGGGGCUGAUAUCUUUUAGUCUCUCUUUUGUUUAUUGGUUCUUCCUUUUUGUGGCUGAUAUCUUUUAUCUCUCUUUUGUUUAUUGGUUCUUCCUUUUGGGGCUGAUAUCUUUUAGUCUUUCUUUUGUUUAUUGGUUCUACCUUUUGGGGCUGACAUCUUUUAGUCUUUCUUUUGUUUUUUGGUUCUUCCUUUUUGGGCUGACAUCUUUUAGUCUCUCUUUUGUUUCUUGGUUCUACCUUUUGGGGCUGACAUCUUUUGGUCUUUCUUUUGUUUAUUGGUUCUUCCUUUUGGGGCUGACAUCUUUUAGUCUCUCUUCUGUUUCUUGGUUCUACCUUUUGGGGCUGACAUCUUUUAGUCUCUCUUUUGUUUAUUCGUUCUUCCUUUUGGGGCUGACAUCUUUUGGUCUUUCUUUUGUUUAUUGGUUCUUCCUUUUGGGGAUGACAUCUUUUAGUCUCUCUUUUAUUUCUUGGUUCUUCCUUUUGGGGCUGACAUCUUUUAGUCUCUCUUUUGUUUCUUGGUUCUUCCUUUUGGGGCUGACAUCUUUUAGUCUUUCUUUUGUUUAUUGGUUCUACCUUUUGGGGCUGACAUCUUUUAGUCUUUCUUUUGUUUAUUGGUUCUACCUUUUGGGGCUGACAUCUUUUAGUCUUUCUUUUGUUUAUUGGUUCUUCCUUUUGGGGCUGACAUCUUUUAGUCUCUCUUUUGUUUCUUGGUUCUUCCUUUUGGGGCUGACAUCUUUUAGUCUUUCUUUUGUUUAUUGGUUCUACCUUUUGGGGCUGACAUCUUUUAGUCUUUCUUUUGUUUAUUGGUUCUACCUUUUGGGGCUGACAUCUUUUAGUCUCUCUUUUGUUUAUUGGUUCUUCCUUUUGGGGCUGACAUCUUUUAGUCUUUCUUUUGUUUAUUGGUUCUUCCUUUUGGGGCUGAUAUCUUUUAUCUCUCUUUUGUUUAUUGGUUCUUCCUUUUGGGCUGACAUCUUUUGGUCUUUCUUUUGUUUAUUGGUUCUUCCUUUUGGGGCUGACAACUUUUAUCUUUCUUUUGUUCAUUGGUUCUUCCUUUUGGGCUUGAUAUCUUUUAGUCUUUCUUUUGUUCAAUGGUUCUUUCUUUUGGGGCUGAUAUCUUUUAGUCUCUCUUUUAUUUAUUGGUUCUUCCUUUUAGGGCUGAUAUUUUUUAGUCUCUCUUUUUCUCUCUUUUGUUCAUUGGUUCUUCCUUUUGGGCUGACAUCAUUUAGUCUCUCUUUUGUUUAUUCGUUCUUCCUUUUGGGGCUGAUAUCUUUUAGUCUCUCUUUUGUUUAUUGGUUCUUCCUUUUGUGGCUGAUAUCUUUUAGUCUUUCUUUUGUUUAUUGGUUCUUCCUUUUGGGGCUGAUAACAUUUAGUCUUUCUUUUGUUUAUUGGUUCUUCCUUUUGGGGCUGACAUCAUUUAGUCUCUCUUUUGUUUAUUGGUUCUUCCUUUUGGGGCUGAUAUCUUUUAGUCUCUCUUUUGUUUCUUGGUUCUUCCUCUUGGGGAUGAUAUCUUUUAGUCUCUCUUUUUCUCUCUUUUUGUUUAUUGGUUCUUCCUUUUUGGGGCUGAUAUCUUUUAGUCUUUCUUUUUGUUUAUUGAUUCUUCCUUUUGAGGCUGACAUCUUUUAUCUCUCUUUUGUUUAUUGGUUCUUCCUUUUGGGGCUGAUAUCUUUUAGUCUUUCUUUUGUUUAUUGGUUCUACCUUUUGGGGCUGACAUCUUUUAGUCUUUCUUUUGUUUUUUGGUUCUUCCUUUUUGGGCUGACAUCUUUUGGUCUUUCUUUUGUUUAUUGGUUCUUCCUUUUGGGGAUGACAUCUUUUAGUCUCUCUUUUAUUUCUUGGUUCUUCCUUUUGGGGCUGACAUCUUUUAGUCUCUCUUUUUGUUUCUUGGUUCUUCCUUUUGGGGCUGACAUCUUUUAUCUCUCUUUUGUUUCUUGGUUCUUCCUUUUGGGGCUGACAUCUUUUGGUCUUUCUUUUGUUUAUUGGUUCUUCCUUUUGGGGCUGACAUCUUUUAGUCUUUCUUUUGUUUAUUGGUUCUUCCUUUUGGGGCUGACAUCUUUAGUCUUUCUUUUUCUCUCUUUUGUUUAUUGGUUCUUCCUUUUGGGGCUGAUAUCUUUUAGUCUCUCUUUUGUUUCUUGGUUCUACCUUUUGGGGCUGACAUCUUUUAGUAUCUCUUUUGUUUCUUGGUUCUACCUUUUGGGGCUGACAUCUUUUAGUCUCUCUUUUGUUUAUUCGUUCUUCCUUUUGGGGCUGACAUCUUUUGGUCUUUCUUUUGUUUAUUGGUUCUUCCUUUUGGGGCUGACAUCUUUUAGUCUCUCUUUUGUUUAUUGGUUCUUCCUUUUGGGGCUGACAUCUUUUGGUCUUUCUUUUGUUUAUUGGUUCUUCCUUUUGGAGCUGACAUCUUUUAGUCUUUCUUUUGUUUAUUGGUUCUACCUUUUGGGGCUGACAUCUUUUAGUCUUUCUUUUGUUUAUUGGUUCUUCCUUUUGUGGCUGACAUCUUUUAGUCUCUCUUUUGUUUAUUGGUUCUUCCUUUUGGGGCUGACAUCUUUUGGUCUUUCUUUUGUUUAUUGGUUCUUCCUUUUGUGGCUGACAUCUUUUAGUCUCUCUUUUGUUUCUUGGUUCUACCUUUUGGGGCUGACAUCUUUUGGUCUUUCUUUUGUUUAUUGGUUCUUCCUUUUGGGGCUGACAUCUUUUAGUCUCUCUUUUGUUUCUUGGUUCUACCUUUUGGGGCUGACAUCUUUUAGUCUCUCUUUUGUUUAUUGGUUCUUCCUUUUGUGGCUGAUAUCUUUUGGUCUUUCUUUUGUUUAUUGGUUCUUCCUUUUGGGGCUGACAUCUUUUAGUCUCUCUUCUGUUUCUUGGUUCUACCUUUUGGGGCUGACGUCUUUUGGUCUUUCUUUUGUUUAUUGGUUCUACCUUUUGGGGCUGACAUCUUUUAGUCUUUCUUUUGUUUAUUGGUUCUUCCUUUUGGGGCUGACAUCUUUUAGUCUUUCUUUUGUUUAUUGGUUCUUCCUUUUGGGGCUGACAUCUUUCAGUCUUUCUUUUGUUUAUUGGUUCUUCCUUUUGGGGCUGACAUCUUUUAGUCUCUCUUUUGUUUAUUGGUUCUACCUUUUGGGGCUGACAUCUUUUAGUCUUUCUUUUGUUUAUUGGUUCUUCCUUUUGGGGCUGAUAUCUUUUAGUCUUUCUUUUGUUUAUUGGUUCUUCCUUUUGGGGCUGACAUCUUUUAGUCUCUCUUUUGUUUAUUGGUUCUUCCUUUUGGCGCUGAUAUCUUUUAGUCUCUCUUUUUUUUCUUCUUUUGGAUUGCGUUUUUGUAUAACAUAUGUUAUGAAUAAUCAAUUUUCCCUUGUUUUGUUACUCUCUCUCUCUCUCUCUCUCUCUCUCUCUCUCUCUCUCUCUCUCUCUCUCUCUCUCCUCUUUGAGAGAGUUAUUUCUUAA